AUAGUUUUUUUUAAAUAUUAAUUAGAGCUAUUUGCUACACAAAUAUUAGCUACACAAAUAUUAGCAUAGAAUAUAAAAGUCGAUAGCGUAGCUUAUUUCGGGCAGUUUUUUCGCUAAAAUAGCAAUGAUAUUUAUAACUCUUUCCUCGAAUCUGAAAAUAAUUUGUCUUUUGAUUCAACCGCGAUAUAAAACAAUCUAGAAUUGUUCUGAGUAUUGAUAUUUGUGUGAAUUGUUCCUUCUCACUUUACCAAGGAUCAUUCGUUAUAAUCGAUCGACGAUUGCGGGAUAAUGGAAAACUUCCAAAUCUUAUGCGGUAUUGUCGCCGUAAUUCUCGCUUUGUAUUAUUUCUUAACGUCGAACUUCGACUUUUGGAAAUCACGCGGCGUCCGUGGUCCACGACCUAUACCAAUAUUCGGAAAUUUUAAAGAUAUCAUGCUUGGAAAAGUAACCUUGAAUGGUUAUUUAAUGAAAUUGUACAAUGAUUACAAAGACGAGUCAUUGAUUGGGAUAUUCCAAGAAAGGACACCCAUCCUUAUCGUAAGGGAUCCAGAUUUAAUUAAGGAUAUACUCAUCAAAGAUUUCCCCGCGUUCGCCCACAGAGCACAAUUCACUAUUCACAAAAAGACCGAGCCGCUGUCGCAACAUCUUUUCAAUCUGGAACCGAAGAGAUGGCGACCGUUAAGAGCGAAGCUGUCGCCUACCUUUACAUCUCGUAAAUUGAAGGAGAUGUUCUCGUUGAUAUCAGUGUGCGCCGACCAUCUUGUGGAUUAUAUGGAAAAAUUGGCGAGCAAAAACGAGCCCAUAGAGUGCUACGAGCUGAUGGCCAAAUACACGACCGACGUCAUCGGCAGCUGCGCAUUCGGCAUCGAGAUAAAUGCCCUGUCGAACGACGACAGCGAUUUUCGCAGAAUAGGAAGAAACGUGUUUAAUCCAUCCUGGGUGGAUUUCCUGCGAUUCAAAAUCAAAGAUUAUUUACCGUUGUUGUACGAUGGCCUCGGCUACAUCUUGCCGGAUUUGGAGGUCACAGACUUCUUCAUGCGUCUCGUCGUCGACAAUAUGAACUACAGAGAAAAGAAUAAUGUUGUUAAGAAGGAUUUCAUUGACACGCUACGCGAGUUAAAGAAACAUUCUGAUAAAGUGGGAGAUUUCGAUUUCACCGACAGUUUGAUAGCUUCUCAAGCAUUUGUGUUUUUCGCUGCUGGUUUUGAAACCUCAUCGACGGCUAUGACUAACGCGCUUUACGAGCUAGCUUUAAAUCAGAAACUACAGGACAGAUUGCGUGAAGAAAUUGAUCAGGAAUACACGAAGCACGGUGGCAAUUUAACGUACGAAAACAUUAAGAAAAUGGAGUACUUGAAUAAGGUAUUCAAAGAAACUUUACGAAAAUACCCACCUUUGUCGUUCUUAACGAGAAAAUCGACGUCGAGUUAUACUUUCAACGACAUCGAAGUCAGUAUACCGAAGGAGCAAAAGAUAUGGAUUCCUCUUUUCGCGCUUCAACGUGAUCCGUGUGUUUAUCCAGAGCCAGAUGUUUUCGAUCCGGAAAGAUUUAGUGAAAAAGCUGUGCAAAGUAGACACCCGAUGGCUUAUAUGCCUUUCGGCGACGGGCCAAGGAAUUGUAUUGGUUCUCGCUUCGCUAUUUAUCAAACUAAACUUGGGCUCAUAA